UUUGGGAAGCUGGUGGGAGGGGAACAAACCUUCAGACUAUAUAGUCAAACAUUUUGCAGAUUUUCAGUGCACCAUCCCGGAGCAGACUAACCCCAGCAAAGCAGGAUUUUUUUGGUUGAGAGGCUCAAGCAAGUUGAAAUAAAAAGAUGUGUGACGAGGAAGACACUACUGCACUGGUGUGCGACAAUGGUUCUGGACUUUGCAAAGCUGGCUUCGCUGGGGAUGAUGCUCCGAGAGCCGUAUUCCCUUCAAUUGUGGGUCGACCCAGACAUCAGGGUGUGAUGGUAGGUAUGGGUCAGAAGGACAGCUAUGUUGGAGAUGAAGCCCAAAGCAAGAGAGGUAUCCUGACACUGAAGUAUCCAAUUGAGCAUGGCAUCAUAACUAACUGGGACGAUAUGGAGAAGAUUUGGCAUCACAGUUUCUAUAAUGAACUGCGUGUGGCACCCGAAGAACACCCUACCCUCCUAACAGAAGCUCCAUUGAAUCCAAAAGCAAACAGAGAAAAAAUGACCCAGAUCAUGUUUGAAACCUUCAACGUACCAGCAAUGUAUGUUGCUAUUCAGGCGGUGCUCUCUCUCUAUGCUUCUGGACGUACAACUGGUAUCGUACUUGACUCUGGUGAUGGUGUCACCCACAAUGUACCAAUCUAUGAAGGAUAUGCCCUCCCUCAUGCCAUUAUGCGUCUUGACCUGGCUGGCCGUGACUUAACAGACUACCUCAUGAAGAUCUUGACUGAACGCGGCUAUUCCUUUGUAACUACUGCUGAACGUGAAAUUGUCCGUGACAUCAAGGAGAAGUUGUGCUAUGUCGCCCUGGACUUUGAAAAUGAAAUGGCUACUGCUGCCUCUUCAUCCUCUCUUGAAAAGAGCUAUGAACUUCCGGACGGUCAGGUCAUCACAAUUGGCAAUGAGCGUUUCCGUUGCCCUGAGACACUUUUCCAGCCAUCAUUCAUUGGAAUGGAAUCUGCUGGCAUCCAUGAAACUACUUACAACAGUAUCAUGAAAUGUGACAUUGACAUCAGAAAGGAUCUCUACGCUAACAAUGUACUGUCAGGAGGUACCACCAUGUAUCCUGGCAUUGCUGACAGAAUGCAGAAAGAAAUCACCGCUUUGGCACCCAGCACAAUGAAAAUCAAGAUCAUUGCUCCCCCUGAACGCAAGUACUCUGUCUGGAUUGGAGGCUCCAUCCUCGCCUCUUUGUCUACCUUCCAGCAGAUGUGGAUCAGUAAACCAGAAUAUGAUGAAGCCGGACCCUCCAUUGUUCACCGCAAAUGCUUUUAAAAUUUCCUGUCUCCUUUUAUAUUAUUAUUAUUAUUUUCAAUUCCAAUAUAUUAAGUGUACCUUGAAAAGUACAUGCCCACCAUUUCAUUCCAAAAAUAUGUUAUAUGCUCUGAUUGGAUACAAAUCUAUUUUUUUUGGUUUUUGUUUUGUUUUUUGAUUAAAGCUUAUGCUACCAGUUACA